UUCGCGGCAACGCGCUAUCUGAGAGCGAUCACUCGGCCGGAUAGUAUCGUAUGCGCGCACCGGCGGCGCCGGCGACAAUUUCGCAUUUCGAAAUGUCCGCGCCGCUGCAGUGAACGUUGUGUUGUGUGUUUACUCGAUUUGGUGGCAGUGAUUACGCGCGUAUAGAAUGGAAGCGUCGACCUCGCUGUUUGCACCACUGGUCCCCGCAACAGCGGGCGACAAUCGUCCGUUACAAUAUGUCUGCUACAGUGAAAUGUGAAUAAGGAAUGCAGUGAUGGAAUGUUUAACAAGUAUUGGUGCAUUAAAAACAGUGAAAAUGUUAGUGUUAUCGAAUAUGUUUCGUGCAAGCCAUCCCCAAAAUCAAAUAGGCCCUCAAGUGAACGCGAUCACGGAAAAAGUGAAAGAGACAAGGAGAGAUGAGUUAUCGUCUCAGAAUUCUUUAAGUAUAAAUCAACGAACAAAGACGCAUGAUAAUGUAAGUGUACAUAAAAAUAUCGAUGAAGAGACUAAAACAGUGUUACGAGAUAAAUGUCUUUCUAACAGUGCUGAUGCGAUAGUCGUGUCAAAUCAUGCCAAAAGUAAAGUGAUAUGUAGUGCCAAAGGUUUAUUAGAAACAAAUCUAGAUGAUCUAUUUAACGAUGGACAUAGUGCAGAUUGGACGGCCGAACCAAAAAAUUUGGGUGCUAGUGAGCCCACUUUAAGUUUUAACGAAGAUUUCAAAGGUUUAAACAAACAUGAAUCUCUCGUGUCAGAAGAUGACAGUGAAGAAGAUACAACUACGGACAGCGAUUGUAUGGAUGAAGUGGUUCGGGAGCAACGAAUAUGCUUGGGUGCGAGACGCUUCGGUCAUAUGCUUCGCAGAGUUAUAUCUAGAAAUGUGUUUCCGAAUGUGCCACCAGCGCCUGGCAUGCCCUGUGCGGGCGAAGACAGAAGCAUAUACAGACGCGGUGCACGGCGGUGGCGAAAGCUUUACCGGGUCAAUGGACACAUAUUUCAAGCCAAACGAUUUAACAGACGCGCCUUCUGUGCCUUCUGCCAAGACCGAAUCUGGGGCCUGGGGCGGCAAGGCUUCAAAUGCAUCCAGUGUAAACUGUUGGUGCACAAGAAGUGCCAUAAGUUGGUGCAGAAACCCUGCUCCAAUGAGCACGUCGACCCUGUCGAAGUCAAGGACGAUGCCAACGGAGAGAGCACGCUGGGCCGGGCGUCAUCUGUCAGAUCGCGCGCGGAGCCCGAACCGCCGCUGCCGGAGACGCCGCCGGCGCCGGCGCCGCCCGCCCCGGUCCGACCCGAGGACCUCGAGCCGGGCUCGCAGCGCCAGUACUCGCUCGAGGACUUCGAGCUCAUCAGGGUCAUCGGCAGGGGCUCAUACGCUAAGGUAUUAAUGGUAGAACUGAAGAGAACGAAACGCGUGUACGCGAUGAAGGUGAUCAAAAAGGCGCUGGUGACAGACGACGAGGAUAUAGACUGGGUGCAAACCGAGAAACACGUGUUCGAGACCGCGUCCAACCACCCGUUCCUCGUCGGGCUACACUCCUGCUUCCAGACGCCGAGCCGCCUCUUCUUUGUCAUCGAGUUCGUGAGAGGAGGAGAUCUCAUGUUCCACAUGCAGCGGCAACGGCGGCUGCCGGAGGAGCAUGCGCGAUUCUACGCUGCGGAGAUCUCGCUGGCGCUCCACUUCCUGCACGAGCGCGGCGUCAUCUACCGGGACCUGAAGCUGGACAACGUGCUGCUCGACCACGAGGGGCAUAUUAAGCUCACCGACUACGGCAUGUGCAAGGAGGGCGUGCGGCCCGGCGACACGACGUCGACGUUCUGCGGGACGCCCAACUACAUCGCGCCGGAGAUCCUGCGCGGCGAGGAGUACGGCUUCUCCGUGGACUGGUGGGCGCUGGGCGUGCUCACCUACGAGAUGCUCGCCGGCCGCUCGCCCUUCGACAUCGCGCAGGCCGCCGACAACCCCGACCAGAACACGGAAGACUACCUCUUCCAGGUGAUCCUAGAGAAGACGAUUCGUAUUCCGCGCUCGCUGUCGGUGAAGGCGGCGUCGGUGCUCAAGGGCUUCCUCAACAAGAAUCCGGUGGAGCGGCUCGGCUGCGGCGAGAACGGCUUCCUCGACAUCGUUAACCAUCCCUUCUUCAAGAGCAUCGAGUGGGAAAUGUUGGAGCAAAAGCAAGUGGUACCACCGUUCAAGCCGCGACUGGAGGGCGAGCGAGACCUGGCCAACUUCCCGCCGGAGUUCACGGACGAGCCUGUCCACCUCACGCCCGACAACGACACGGUGAUCGCGGACAUUGACCAGUCUGAGUUCGAGGGCUUCGAGUACGUGAACCCGCUGCUGAUGUCGCUGGAGGACUGCGUGUGACAACACGCCUGUUUGCUGCAUCCCUACCACGAUCCCUUGCAGGCGUACGCGUACGGCGUGGGCGCGGAGUCGUCGUCGUCGGACUACGACUCGGUUUGCUCGGAGCUGCCGCCGCGCAAGCCCACGCUGCUGCAGCACAUGUUCUGCUUGCCGCUCAACUGACGACACAACAAGCACUAGCCACACACGCGCGACCGGUACUCCA